AAUGAUUGAGUGCGUGAUGCUUUAAGAGAGAGAGAGGAAUGUUGAUACGCACGUUGAACAUGUAUGAUGCAGGGGAACUCAUCUUGCUCGCCAACCACGUCAAAACCGUAGAAUCCCUCCGCCGCUUCCACGCGCUCACGGUGACGUGCGGCCACUCAACCAACCUCUUCAUUGCUGCAAAGCUCAUCUCUCUCUACGACUCUCUCCAAAACGAACACGUUUCGUGUUCCACUCUCUUCCACACUCUUCCCUCCAAAGACACAUUCGUCUACAACUCCUUCCUCAAAUCCCUCUUCUCCCGUUCCCUCUUCCCCCACGUUCUCACCCUCUUCUCACACAUGACACGCGCCUCCAACCUCUCUCCCAACCACUUCACUCUCCCCAUCGUUGUCUCCGCCGCUGCGCACCUCUCGCUCCGCCCCCACGGCGCCUCGCUCCAUGCCCUCGCCUUCAAAACCGGCCUCUUUCAUUCUUCUUCCGCCUCCUUCGUGUCGUUUUACUCGCGCUGUGGUGAGAUGGACCUUGCAUGCAAGGUGUUUGAUGAAAUUCCUGUUCAGGAUGUGACUGCUUGGACUGCACUUAUCAUCGGCCACGUGGAGAAUGGGGAGCCGGAGAAGGGUUUGAAGUGUCUACGUGACAUGCAUAAGGUUGGUGAGGAUACUCAAAAGCCCAACGUUAGAACGUGGGAGGGCGGGUUUCUUGCGUGUGGAAAUCUGGGAGCUGUGAGAGAAGGCGCUUGCUUGCAUGGGGUGGUUAUCAAACACGGGAUUGCUUCUUUUCUACAAUCUUCCGUUUUGGCUAUGUACUCCAAAUGUGGGGUCCCUCGAGAAGCGUAUCGAGCAUUUUUUGAGGCGACUCACAAAGAUCUUUUGUCUUGGACAUCCAUCAUCGGGGUUUGUGCGAGGAUUGGGAUGAUGGAGGAGUGUGUGAAGUUGUAUAGAGAAAUGCAGGAAAACGAAAUACGUCCGGAUGGGAUUGUUAUUGGUUGCAUGCUUUCGGUGUUUGGUAAUUGCAUGCAUGUGUCUCAAGGGAAAGCGUUUCAUGGAGUGAUCAUAAGGAGACAGUACGUCGAUGCCGAGGAAGUUAAUGAUUUGCUGUUGUUUAUGUACUGUAAGUUUGGAAUGUUGAGUUUGGCAGAGAGGAUUUUCCCAAUGUGUCGCGGGAGCGCAGAGUGCUGGAACUUUAUGGUUUUUGGGUAUGAUAGAACGGGGGAGAGCGUGAAGUGUGUUGAGCUCUUCAGGGAAAUGCAAUGUGUAGGUAUUCGUUCUGAUUCAAUUGGGAUAGUUUCAGCUAUUGCCUCGUGUGCUCAGUUGGGAGCAGUUAAUUUGGGAAGGUCGAUUCAUUGCAACGUGAUAAAGGGUUUUCUGGAUGCUGACAUCGCGGUCACCAACUCGCUCAUAGAGAUGUAUGGAAAAUGUGGUAGGAUGAUCUAUACAUCGAGAAUAUUUAACAGGUCUCAGAGGGAUGUUGUGUCGUGGAACACUUUGAUUUCGUCUCAUGUUCACAUCAAGCAACAUGAAGAGGCUGUAGAUUUAUUUGAUAAAAUGGUUAGAGAAGGACAGCAACCCAAUACAGCCACACUUACGGUAGUACUUUCAGCAUGUUCUCGCCUAGCAUCUCUAGAGAAAGGAGAAAGAGUUCACCGCUACAUACAAGAAAGUAGUUUUAGAGUCAAUUUACCUCUUGGCACAGCGUUGGUUGAUAUGUAUGCUAAAUGUGGUCAGUUGCAAAAGUCAAGAAUGGUAUUUGACUCUAUGAUGGAGAAGGAUGGAAUUUGCUGGAAUGCAAUGAUUUCAGGUUAUGGAAUGAAUGGAUAUGCAGAAUCUGCUUUGGAGAUAUUCCGGCGUAUGGAGGAAUCAAACGUUAUGCCCAACGAAAUUACCUUCCUGUGUCUUCUCUCAGCAUGUGCCCAUGCAGGACUUGCUGAAGAAGGGAAGUACGUGUUCGCGAGAAUGCUGAGUUAUUCUUUGAAUCCCAAUUUAAAGCACUACACUUGUAUGGUGGAUCUUUUGGGAAGGUCAGGUAAUCUGCAAGAAGCAAAAGCUAUGGUCCUAUCUAUGCCUAUGUCUCCAGACAGCGGUGUCUGGGGAGCUUUGUUAGGUCAUUGUAAAACUUACAAUCAAGUAGAAAUGGGAAUAAGUAUUGCAACUUAUGCUAUUAACUCUGAACCAGAAAAUGACGGCUACUAUAUAUUGUUGGCUAAUUUGUAUAGCUCCAUUGGGAGGUGGGAAGAAGCAAAAAAUGUGAGAAGGGCAAUGAAAGAGAGGUGUUCAACGAGAAAGAAAGCUGCUUGGAGUGUGCUCUGAGAUGAAACUUCUCUUCCCUCGAAA